GUGAAGCUUUGCAAACUUAAUAGCGUCACUGCAUGCAAAAUAUGGCAUCAAGCGGAAAGAACAAGGGAGAGAUGUAACUCGCGGACAGGCACAGAACUUACUGUCAUUGAAAGCUAACAGGUGGAAGACACAGGUAUAAGUACUCGUGGAGUAGAUUCAACAUCCAGCCUCCUCAGUGGUUAAAAGAUGGACACAAUAGAUGAUAACCACAUGGAGGGAAUGAAGAUGGACAUAGAGAAUAAACAAACAGUGGAUAAUAACGUUUCUGACAGACUAUCAGACGAGAUGCACCGACCCCUCGCGAUCAGUGAAGGACCUUCCAGCAGCUGCACGGAAGUCAGAGUGAGAACCAGACCCAAACUCCAGUGGACAAAGAGCUUCCCCCCUUACAAUCAGUGCAUAGGUGGACUCGGAGAGUGGGACAAUGAGCUCAAUCCAGAAACAAGCCUCCAUCACCAGCAGCAUCUCAGACAGGAGGUGAUGAAGGACGACGGUAAAGAAGACACAGAAAGAAAAGAAGAUGCUGAGCUGAAUGCAAUAUGUGCAAGGGAUGAAGUGAGGCUAAAAUGGAGGGCGAGGAGGAAGGAGAGGUUAGGUGGGAGCUAUGACGCCGACGCAGACCGAUGGGAGAGAGGAAGAUGGAGUGGGAAGAGAAGAGUGGAAGAGACUGGUGGAGAAAGGGGUCGUGAGGAUGAGGAAAGGGAAGGGAGCACACACAGUGAGUGGAUACACUUGACAAGUACAAACUCCUGUUUUGCAACAGAGAUAAAGGAAAAGGGGAGCGAGGAGUGGAAGAGUAAUACUGUUUCAGUGGAAGGGGGAGAGAAAGAGGCGAGCGGGGAAAAGCUUGAGGGGAGGGAUGAAGAGGCUGGGGAGCUGUCAGGAAGGCGAGGGGGCUCCACAACACAUCCUUGGGCCUCCCCACAUCCAAUCCUCUCCAAGCUUUUACAAGCCUCCUCCACCACCUCCAGCUGCUCCUCCAUCGGCCUCUCCUCAGCAGAGAGUGACGAGGCCUUCAGUGAAGGAGAGGAUGUUGUCAAAAAGAGGAAGACAUUGAGGAAGUGCCGCUCCUGGAAAACCUACCUGACCAUGAUGCACUGGUCGCUGCGGCGGCAGAGCUCCUGGGUCCAGCUGGCUGGACAUCAAGGUAACUUCCAGCUGAGUGGGGGAGGGGAGGUGCUAAAACUGUAUACUGAAGAGGAGGCAAAGUGUCUAGACUGCCUGAUGAGAGACCCGCUGAGACCUUUUGUCCCACAGUAUCAUGGCAUGGUCACCAGGGGGGAGCAGUGCUACAUGCGCCUUGAAGACCUGCUGAGCGGCCUGAGGAGACCUGUGAUCAUGGACUGCAAGAUGGGACUCAGGACAUACCAGGAGGAGGAACUGGCCAAAGCUCUGAACAAAGCCACCUUCAGGAGCGACAUGUACCAGAAGAUGGUGAAAAUGGACCCAUCUGCUCUGUCAGCAGAGGAACAUGCACAGAGAGGUGUGACCAAAUGGCGCUACCUUCAGUGGAGGGAUACAACCAGUUCUACUUCCACACUAGGUUUCAGAAUAGAGGGCAUCAUGAUGGCUGAUGGCAGUGUCCAGCGGGACUUCAAGAAAAUUCUGACUUCAGCUAAAGUCACAGAGGCGUUUCUCUACUUCACCAAGAGCCAGCUGGACAUCCUGAAAGCCUAUCACACCAGACUACUGGCCCUGAGUGAUGCCCUGACAAACUCAUCAUUUUUCAGAACCCAUGAGGUGAUUGGCAGCUCGCUUCUCUUUGUCCACGAACAUAGCAGCAAGGCCAGUGUGUGGAUGAUAGACUUUGGGAAGACGACCCCCGUGCAUGACACGAUCAAGCUCCGACACAACAUCCCGUGGACUGAGGGUAGCAGAGAGGAUGGCUACCUCAUUGGCCUCACCUCCCUCAUCACAUCUCUGAGCCAGGCCAUCAGUGUGGCCUCCUGUCAGGAGGAGGACAGCAGUGGAGAGGGACAGAGUAUUACAUGAGGCAGAUGGAGGGUUGUGGUCGAGAUAGCACUUUGAUGACAAAUUAAGAAUCAGGGGGACAAAAUACAUUGAACUGUUAUCUCAUUUCAUUCACUGGAAGAGAUGAAAGAAGCUGAUUUGUUAUUUGCAGCAGAAGAAACUCAUAAUGAGCCAUACAUGCAUAUAUGGUUGAGCCACUUCGGGGUCUGACAGUUUUAAGUUAGUCUGUCUUAGAAAAAAAAGACUAACCAAAGAAUAAGAGACUUUAAAAUACAGGUGAAUAUGUAUGUUGCAAUAUUAUUAUUAGGAAUUUGAAUGAUUUAUGUAUGAUGCAUCUGAAAAUGUAUUAUCCUAGCGAAAAUGUGAAAUAAACAAUGAAUGCCCUGA